CGAAGUUAAUGAUGGACUUUUAAAAAAAAUUAAAUAGCGGGGCAGAGAUAAUGACGUGUGACCAGAGUCUCCGAUGAGUUCGAGCUGUUUGGAUUCUCAAUAGAAUCUUGAUUUUGAAGUCUUCUUCCAAAUUAGAAGAGGUAGGUGAUUUUCUCGGGAAAAAAGAAGAAGAAAUAGUUGUAGGACCGAAGUGUAAGGUGUUUUUGUCAUCUAAUCACAGGAAAAAAUAAUAAGAAUCGAUAUGGUUGUAGUAAUCGCAAAGUUUUUCUCGGAUGAUAGAUGGAGAUUCAAAUUAGAUCGGAGAGUUCUCAGACGCAUAAUAAGCCACCGAGUCCAAGAGUUACCAAAACUCGAUCACAAGUUUGGUUCUUUAGAGUCUGCUCCUGCAUUUUGGUUUGGACUUGCUUGUUUCAGCUCUUCACCGGUUUAACCAAUCAGAUUUCCCGGUUCUCCCUUCCGGUUGAGCCGGUUCGAUUGCCUCCUCUGCUUCCUCCUCGACGAAAUUACACAAGCAAUGGGAUUCUACGAGUGUCUUGUAACGGCGGUUUGAAUCAAAUGCGUGCAGCGAUUUGUGAUAUGGUGACAAUUGCUAGACUGUUGAACUUGACUCUUGUUGUUCCAGAGCUUGAUAAGAAAUCUUUCUGGGCUGAUCCAAGUGACUUUGAGGAUGUUUUUGAUAUAAACCAUUUCAUUGAUUCAUUAAGAGAUGAAGUAAGGAUCAUAAAGAGGCUGCCAAGCAAGAAAUAUGGUUACAAGCUGUUCCAAAUGCCUCCAGUGAGCUGGUCAAAUGAAAAGUAUUACUUGCACAAGCUAUUGCCGCGGUUCAGGAAACAUAAAGUCAUACAUUUCAAUAGGAGUGAUACGAGAUUAGCCAACAACGGUCUUUCUCUCCAUCUCCAGAGGCUGAGAUGCCGUGUGAACUUCCAAGGACUGAGAUUCACUCCACGGAUCGAAGCUCUGGGAGCAAAGUUAGUUCAGAUUCUCCAACAGAGAGGCCCUUUUGUGGCUUUGCAUUUGAGAUAUGAGAUGGAUAUGUUGGCUUUCUCUGGCUGCACUCAUGGUUGCACUGAGAAAGAAGCUGAAGAACUCAGAAAGAUGAGGUGUGCAUAUCCAUGGUGGAAAGAGAAAGAGAUAGUCUCUGAGGAGAGAAGGGUGCAAGGACGCUGUCCAUUGACACCAGAAGAGGCUGUUUUGGUCCUAAAAGCCUUAGGGUUUCAGAAGGAUACACAGAUAUACAUUGCAGCUGGUGAUAUCUACGGUGGCGAGAGGAGAUUAGCCCUUUUAAAAGAAUCAUUCCCAAGAAUUGUGAAAAAAGAAAUGCUACUAGAUCCUAAGGAACUGCAACAGUUUCAGAACCACUCAUCACAAAUGGCAGCUCUAGACUUCAUUGUAUCGGUAGCCAGUGACAAUUUUAUUCCUACCUACUAUGGAAACAUGGCUAAAGUUGUUGAAGGGCAUCGAAGAUAUCUUGGGUUUAAGAAAACAAUAUUGCUAAACCAGAAGAGACUUGUGGAGGUUUUGGACUUGCAUAAGAACAAGACACUCUCAUGGGAUCAGUUUGCAGUAUCUGCCAAGGAGGCUCAUGAGGGAAGACGGAUGGGAGAACCAACACAUAGGAAAGUAAUCUCUGAUAAACCAAAGGAAGAAGAUUACUUCUAUGCCAAUCCUCAUGAAUGCAUCGGUGAAGGUCCAUCAACUUUAACAGAUUAAAGCUUCUUUUUUUUUUUAAUUUAUAAAAUGCAUAUACUAGAUCACUAACCACUAGAGGAGGAUCUGAUUAGUUACCAUCUCUGGUUUUCUUUGACCUUUUUCGGUUUUUGUAAAGUUAAGACAUGUAACUUAUAAGGGUUGUAUAUUUAUAUCAGGAAUUAGUACCCAAAUCAAUUUAAUCGGCUCCGAUUGGUCCAAUUUUUAUUAUGUUUGUAAUUUAAUUAAAACAUCAAUUUUUAUUUAUCUUUAUAUGUUAAGAGACA